AUGGCGGCCAGGGCGAAGAGCCCCGCGCGGCGCGGGGCAGCGCGGACCCCUCGGCGCCCCGGGCCGCUCGCUCAGCAGGGCGAGCGGAGGGGCUGCCGGCGUCCGGGGCGAGCGCGCCGCGGCUCCGCUCCCGCGGCGCCGCCGCCGGCCCCGCCAGCCAAUCAGCGCGCGGCGGCGGGCGCUGGCGGCUGCAGAGGCGGCCCUGGCGGGCGGCGCCGGGAAAGGGCGGCGGGCCGGGGGCCUGCGGCUGCCGGGGAAAGGACCCAGGAUUUCGGGGUUCCGGCGAGCGAGCCCCCGGCGAGCGCAGGCGAGGCGGAGGACGGUAGCCCCGGCAGGCCCCCGACCCCCCGGGUGGGGUGUAGAUGUGUGGUGAUGAGUCAGCUUUUUCUGUAUAGAAGAGGACCACACUUUAGAUGAUGAUGGAGUAACCAGACAGAAGGUACCAUGUCCCUGGAUAACUCUGUAACCUGCCAACCUAGAUUUCUGCCUGCCCCUGUUGUAUUUUGUGGGAGAGAAAUAAACCUCCACCUUGUUCAAGUCA